AUGUCAGCCUCGCAGGAAUUUUACCAAGCGGUUCGAAACCUGCGUAAUCUAACGAACCAACCAUCCGAAGAACACUCUUAUCGAACCUACCCACUUUCACAGUCAGAAAAAUACUUGUUGAAAGCUGAGGAUGAGAUGCAGCUUGCUGAUGAUAUUGCCUUCUUAGCUCAGUGGAAAGAGGGAGUCGAAAAUGUGACAGCUGUGACUCUUCAGGAGAAGCCAAAUGGGCUUGUUAUCUGCCUGGCCAGCAACCACACACCUACAGAUAAAACAGUCUUCGAAUUGACUCAAACCAUGGAUUUGGUGAGCAAUUAUGCCUUCGAAGGAAAACGACGGAAUGAAUUCCGUGACAGAAUAUUCGACAUGGUUGUUAAUAUCCGCAAUGAUCGAAUUCUUAGCAGAAUUCGUCCACCUUGGUUGCCUCAGCCUCAUCAUUAUUCCAAACGAAGGCCCUGUCUGCUCUCGCAAGUCCAAGCAUUUGUUGACGAGAUUUCCACAAUCGGUACUCGGUCACCAGCCCUGCAGAUCUUGGUGCAGCCAGCACGCCAGCUGAUAGCCUGCCUUUCGCCGUUCGAAAAGCCUAUUCCCCAGAGCAUGAUUAAGGAACAACAAAAGAAUGUCAUAAAAAGCUGUGCUGAAUUGGCUAGCAUUGGCAGAACAGGAUUGCUGGAGGAACACCUUCAGCGGCUCCAAGUUUCCCCUCAUACCCGUGACAGAGGUGGAGUACGUCAAAUUGACAAGCUUGCGCGAUACUUCUUUGUGUGUCGAGAUUUUAUCAGAGUUGGUAGGCGUCCAGAGUACAAGACGCUGUUCUCCAACAUCACCAUUGAAACUUUAGAAGCUUUCGGAGCAAGGACGCCUGAAGGAUGUUCCUCCUCAUGCUUUGUUCAUGCAGAAAUGCAGCAAAUUUUCCACUACACGAACCACCCCCAUGAUCCUAGUCCACGGUUUAUCGGAUGCAGCAAAUCUGCAUGUUAUCUCUGCGAUAUGUUUAUACAGAAGCAUAGCCAGUACCGAAUCUCCCAUGCUCAUCGGCGACUGUAUCACAAAUGGACUCUGCCAGAUCUGGAACAUUCGACUUCUAAAGAGGCUCAACAGCUCCAAGUCAUAUUGGCAUCCAUGGCCAAUGAGAUGGUAACCGUGACCGCAGGGCUUCAGCGAGGACUUCACCCUCCGAAGCAGUAUGGAGCGCAAAGCAUUGCAUUCUUACCUCUAACUAGUGGCUCGACGGUGAGUAAUACUUCAACUAUCACACAACAACAUUAUCUCCCUCACGUUUCCCCCAUAUCGAGCCUUGAAUUCGACUACGAAACGAAAUUUGCAAUAACCGGCUUUUCGAGAAACCGGCGCGAAAGCCUCCUUAGCAAAAGUGGAAGUGCAUCCUAUCUCCUUAGCCAAGACGAUCUGCCAUAUUCACUUGAUAUCAAAAACAUUCAACGCAAGUUUGUGGUUCAGAUCGAUGCAAUCUCUCUUGAUAUCGAGUUUGUUACCCCUGGCCGGCUCUCAAUUCACCAUGCAAUGGAUAAUCUACUGCCCAAAGAUGUUAUAGAUAUCUGUCGGUUAUCUACAACUAGUGAAAGAACGGUAUCAUUGUCAACCCUGCAGCUAUACCUGCGCCAUGCCAACGGUGUUACGAUAAUUCUUGAAUUUGUCCAGGAUCAGGCUUAA